AUGUAAAAUAACUUUGGAAUGCAUAGGAUAAUUAGAACUGAAGGUGAUUUGGAAGAGAUUUAAAAAAAGCAAAAGAGUUUUGUAAAAGAAGCUGUUACAAAAAAAAAGUCUUUAAUAAAUUUGCAAAAAGUGAGUUUUAGUGACCAUUCUAAAGUGAAAUCAAAAGAAUCCAUAAUAAUAUCAAUAAAUAAAAUAAGUUAGGAGAAACUGUUAGAUUUGUUAUGUUUAUCAACACAGGAUUUAAGAUAGAGAUUUUUGAAACCGUCAGCCAAACAUGAAAAAAUAAAAAUAGUGAAUAAUAAACAUUUUCCAAGGGAUUUUUUUAACCUAGAAAGUAAAAUAAAGAAUUGAUUUUUUGUCAUUAUAUAUAUUAUUAUAAUCCAAAUUUGAACUCUAAUAAAGCAUGUUUGCUCAAAAAAAGUAAUAAAAAAUAUCUAAAAUCAAGAUGGUCUAAUAAUGGAUAGAAGAAGAAUGAUAAUAAUUUAUUAAUUAUUCAUUCUGUAAAAAGAACUAUCUCUAAAACAGAGGAAUAUAAGCGAAGAGUAAAAAUGUUUUUAUAUAAUUGAAUUUCGAUUGCAAAGACAUUAGUUAGGAAGUGAAAUAUAAUAUUUGGAGUAAUUCGAUUAUGAAAAUCUAAAAUUAUAAAAAAGUGAUAUUUAGGUUUUAGAUUUGGAUAAUUUUUUUGAUGAUUAAGUGAAGUUAGUAUAUUGUAAAUAACUUUAGGCUUGAUGUAAAACAUAGUAGUAUAAAUGUAAUCUUGUAUAUAGUUGGCAGGAGAGUAAAUUUAAACAUAACUGAGUUGAUUUAGUGGAUUGCAAUUGUAUAAAAGGGGAUUAUGGUAAAGAUUAGAGGGGCGAUUAAACGAUAAAGAGCAUAAUGUUGAGUGGAACAAAAAGAGAUUGGAAAUCAGGCAAAAAUAUAAUAUAAUAAUGAUUAUAAUUAAAACGGCUUUUGUAUAGUUUUUAUUGGUACUCACAGUAGUAGGAGUAGAGAUGUCAGCUGGACCUGAAGCUAAAAUCUAUAAUUGUGCUAAUAUUGAGAUGAUAGGAUUAAUUGGUGGUGAUCCAUUACCAAUAGAUACAAGCAAAGAACGAUAUGUGAGUUUUCAAGGAGAUGUUCGAUUUUCUGUGAAGACUCAUAAAUAAACAAUGGAUAGUUUAAAAGAGGGAAAAGAUUAUUUUGGAACAAAUUCAGUUCAUUAUAGUUCAAUUUAGAAUGGAAUUUAUAUAUUUGUUGUGGAGAAAUCUCAAGAAAAUAUUAUAUAGACAUAUAUCAAAACAAGUUUGAAAAGAUAGUACAAAUAGGCUCAAAUACCAAAAGCAUUUUAUUUAAAAACAAUAAUAGAGGGAGAUAAAAAAUAUGCAAUACAUUAGAUUGUAUUAAGUGAUAAAUAAGAAAUGAAAAGAGAAUUAUUUAAAGAAGAAAAGGAAACUAUGCAAUCAGUAAAAUGUUAAUAUUAUAAGAGUUUACUGGUUUACAAUUUUCAAAGAAAUGUGUGAUUAUAGUAUUUGCAACAUUAGAAACAGGAACUAAUAGUGAUUUCACUGCUGAUGAAUCAUUUUUAUAAGGAAUUUAUGGAAUAAUGGAUGAGAUUAAUAAAGGAAGUAAAUAGAUUUUAAUCAUUAAGAAAAGUGUGAAUAAUUCUUUUGUAAGCCACCUACAAUCUCAAGUCUAGCUGAAGCAUUGUCUGAUCUUCCAGUUCUUAAAAUUUAAUGCUAAAAGAAAAUGUGUACAUAUUCUUAAGGAGGAAAGACAUAGGUUCUAUUUACUAAAUGUAUUUUAAUCCUAAAAAUUUAGAUCCAUUUUUAUAAACAGACAAAAAUUUUAGAUCACUUGAAAAAGCUGUAAAUGGUAUGUUAUUGACAACUAUCUCACCUAAAAAUUAAAAGUUUGUUUCUAUAACGGCUUAAUUAGCAUUGAAAUGUAAUAUCAAAGAUUUUGACUUUCAUUCUGGAGGAUAUAGUGGAGCAUUUUAAUCAAUAAAAAUUGGUGAUUAAAAGCUCUAUAGUGCUUUAAUAAUAGAACCAGGGUACAAUGGAAUUAAAAGAUAAUUGAGAACACAAACACCUGAAUGUAAUAAUAUCUUUAUUUUUAUUAGUAUAUGAUAUAUUAGAAGGAAUUGAAAAGGUAAAGUCUAUUUAUUACUUUAUGAUAAUAACAAGCAAAGGACCUGAAGAAUUAUUUAAUGAAAUUAUAUCCGUUAUAGAUAAAACUAAAACUUAAGAUCAAGAAAAGUAUGCAUGUACUCCAUUACCAAAAGAUGAUGAUAUAUCUUUUAUUUAAUUGAAAUCUAAGUUGAAUAGUUCAUAAAAGUCAAAUCAAUAAAUAGAUUCUGAAGAGUAUGAAUAUGUUUAUGAAUAUGGAUAUGAUGAAGUUGAUGAUGAUGAUGAAUUUGGAGAGUAUGAAUAUAUCUAUGAAUAUGAAUAUGAAGAAUUACCAGAAGAAUUAAAUUAAUAAGAGUUCUAUGAAGAAAUUAAUGAUUAAUAAUCAGAUUCAAUAGAAUUCGAUUAAUCAACAGAUGAUUCAGAUUCAGAUUCAGAUUCAGAAGAUAAUGAAAAUCAAAACAUUCCAUAAGCUGAUUUGUUAGAAGUUUAAUAAAAUGAGAUGUGUUUCUAAGCCUUCUCAGAAUGUGAUUUUUAAGGUGCUUCACUUAAAAUUUGUGGACCUACUCCAAGUAUCCCAAGAGAAUUAUAGAACUUUUUAAUUCAAUCCAUAAAAAUGCCUGAAUAAAUGAGAAUCACAUUUUAUACUCAUUAAUAAUAGAAAAUUACAAUAGAAGGAGAUUAAGAAUGUUUGUAGAGACCAUUUGAAAUUGAUUAAAUGAGACCCUAAGGAUAGCAGUUGAGUCAUUAAUGAUAAUGAAAUAUUGGAU